AUGGCAUCUUUGGGCCGCGCCGCCGCCUCCGCCGCGAGAGCAGCCCUCCGCCCGGUGCCCCUCGCCGGCCGCAGCCUCGGCGCAUCCCUGCCGUCUGCCUCCCCCGCACGAGCCGCCCGUCUCCUCCGCAGGUCGGCGGUGGCGGGAUUGGAGACGCUGUUGCCCCUGCACACCGCGGUGGCGUCGGCGCGCCUGAAGUCCUGCAUCGCCGUCGACUCCACCUGCUGGAGCUCCCUCUCCCAAGGUUUUAAAAAGCGCAUCUGAUCAUGGUUAGGAGCUGCACAGCUGAGAAGCGAAGACACCUGAGUUAAAAACAAAGUGCGUUUAUUUGCCGAUAGUCCUUAGAACCUUUAUCCCAUCUAUUUUUCUAUUGCUCUUGAUGAAUGUACUCGUAACAAAACAAUGGAGCAUGCAAGAAGUUGCCCCCGUGUAACCCUGUGGACUUUCCUUUUUUGUUGAGCCUGGGAAAACCCUGGGAUGAUAUUUUAAAUCACAUUAUUGCUUCAUUGUGAGCUGGAAAUCUUCACAAUUUUUUCUGUGAGCUUGAAACCAUCCUGUAGAAUUACUCCUUAUCGACCUGACGUGAUAUACUUGUGGAUUGUGUCGUGCUCAUAACCUGACUUGCUCUUGCGUUUCG